UGGAGAAAGCCCACUCAUCUCACUUACCGACUUAGACAAGAUCUCAGAGGCAGAUACGCCGCCGUAGCCCUGAAAAAUGCAAUACCACUAUGUGGGAAAUCUCAUGGGAUUAACGUCUAUAACCUGUUUAUCAUAAACUUUGUCCCAUAGGUAUGAAUAAUGAAUCUCUUUGCUUUCUCUCCUUCUUUUUGUGUUUUCAUCAAGAAGGCGAGAGCAGAAAUGUAAUGUUUCUCACACCGCUCUGCCCCUCCACGCGCCACAGUCUGCCUGCCUCUUAACAUGUGGCUGGUGCUCUCACCGCCUCCUCCAGUCACUUCAGCAGCGACGUGCGGCGCUGUGAUACACGCAUCGCAUGACUCCCUCUCCCCCCUCAGCCCAGGCUCUGCUCUUCAGGCUGCAAUUAGGAGAGGAGAGGGACUAUAACAGGAAACGUGACCAGGGGAACUGGGCUGAUCUCUGUGGCCACUGUGCUGGCCUGGAAGUUCUUAGUCCUCUGAGAAGAGAAUCUGACAGGUCCACAGCCAACAGCUAACAUUACUAAUGCUCUUUCACCCAGGAUCUACCUGUGACUUAUACCUGCCUUAUACGCAUUGGACGAGCUAAAAAGCAGGAGUUCAGAAAAUAAUUCAUCUCUGAUGAUGAGACAGUCUGCAUGGAGGCAGAUGACGGCACCAGAGCUGUGGAUGGGUCUCUUUGCCUUGGCUCUGACCCUCAGUCUAACCAUGGCUGAACAUAUGGACCAGAGGCCAGCACUCCAAACCAGCCCAGUUCUCCACAGGCACAAGAGAGAGUGGUUGUGGAACAACCUUUACGUGGAGGAGGAAAGGCCAAUCGACAAACAAUACUAUAUUGGAAAGUUAAAGUCAACUAAGUCUGGUGACAGGACACACUAUGUCAUUGAAGGAGAAGGUGCCAACACAAUCUUCAAAGUGGAUGAAAAAGGAGACAUCUUUGUCACUGAACGAUUGGAUCGAGAGGUGAAAAGCAAAUACAAUCUAACGGCAAAGCUGCUUGAUACCAGCAACAAGUUGGUGGAGAAAGAGGAAAAGUUUGUGAUCCUGGUUACUGACAUCAAUGACAACGAUCCAGUGUUUACUAAAUCGUUCAAUGCUUCUAUCAAAGAGAGAUCCAGAAGAGGAACUAAAGUGAUAGAAGUCACUGCCACUGAUGCAGAUGAUCCAACGACUGCAAAUGGAGAACUUGUUUACAAAUUAUUAGAGGGGGGAGAUUUCUUCAAUAUAGAAAGCACAACAGGGAUUAUCACUACCAAGUAUGAGAACCUGGACCGUGAGACCCAGAGUAGCUAUGUGGUUGUGGUUCAAGCCCAGGAUCUGAGAGGAAUUAAACAAGGGGGCACCGCCACCACCUCUGUCAGCAUCGCAGUCAGCGACAUCAAUGAUAACAUAGCCACAUUUACCAAAAGUUCCUAUGUAUUUAGUGUGAAAGAGGACAUGAAGCGGGGACAGAGAAUAGACACCAUGGUCCUGGAGGACAGAGAUGAGAUCCAGAAUAAAGACCCCAUCUUCACCAUAGCACCUUCAUCUGACAUUUUUGAAAUGGAGCGCAGUCAGAUCAAAGACGGCAACCUCAUGCUGAAACAGGGACUGGAUUAUGAAACCAAGAGCAGCUACACGUUCUUUGUGCAUGUGAGGGAGAACCACUUGCAGUCCCCUGCGGAUAAUAAGGACAAUCCAUUGAUCAAGGCCCAGGUGACCAUCCAGGUGCUAGAUGUUGAUGAGCAGCCAGAAUUCAGCAAGAGCAUCUACAACUUUAAUGUCAUAGAGGAAAUGAUGGUCAAUAAUAUUGGAGUCGUUUCAGCCAGAGAUCCUGAUCAAGCCAACAAGGCCAUACGGUAUUCCAUUGAGGACAAGGACAGUCCCAUUGGUAUCAACCCCAUAACUGGACAACUUUUCACAGUGAGGAAGCUGGAUCGGGAGCUUGUAGCCAAUCACAUGUUCCAGGUUAAAGCUAAGGAGGAACCAAAUGGACUGGAAUCUUUUGUGAACGUCAACAUACUGGUCAUUGAUAUCAAUGACAACAAACCAGAGCUGUCCAUUGAAGAGAUAUUCGUUUGUGAAAAUGAUAUGGCUGGCACGGUGAUUGGGACCCUAAGUGCCACAGACAAAGAUGAUAAUUUGCCCGCAUUCAGCUUCACGUUGGGGAAGCCGAACGCCAACUUUUCAGUCAUCGAUAACAACGACAACACGUCUAACAUAGUGCUGAAACAUGGAGGCUUCAGCCUGGAGGACUCCAGGGAUUAUGUAAUAGAAAUUGGGAUCAGCGAUGGAGGCAGGCCUCCCAUGAGCAGCAUCACCUCUCUGCCUAUCAAAGUGUGCAGGUGUGACAACAAGAGGAUCCACACCCAGUGCAAAGCAGCCCAACUCAAAAUGGGUGUCAGUGUCCACGCCCUUAUUGUUAUACUGGUGUGCAUCCUGACUAUUCUGGUCAUAGUGAUCCUGAUCGCUAUGAGAAAACGUCACCAGAAGGAUGCCCUGGUCACUCUGGGUAAGAGUGAGAUCCACGAGCAGCUAGUGACGUACGACGAGGAAGGCGGUGGGGAGAUGGACACCAACGGCUACGACGUGUCCAUCCUGAUCUCAGCUCAGAAUGACGGCAGCAUGAGCAUGAGGCAGGGCCCCAGCCUUUACGCCAUGGUGAAGAAACCACCAACCGCGUGCAAGGGAGACAUGGCCGUGAUGAUCGAGGUGAAGAAAGACGAGGCUGACCAUGACAGGGAUGAGAUCCCCUACGAUACCCUGCACAUCUAUGGCUACGAGGGGCCAGAGUCCCUGGCUGGUAGCCUCAGUUCCCUGGAUAGUUCCUCCACGGGCUCUAACCUUGACUAUGACUUCUUAAACGACUGGGGCCCUCGCUUCAGAACCCUGGCUGAGCUCUACGGGGUGGAUGGGUCUGAGGGAAGUGACUCCCCGUAUUGAGCACACUGAGCCUAAAGACCAGCAGGCAGGACGUCUCUCAGCUCUCUCAGCUCUUCCUUUGACUAAAAGCACAUCGGGAUUAACUUCUUCCACUAAUCCGUCCAAUCAUAGCACACUAUGAUAGGGUUCACUCAAGCGUGUGCCAAUUUUAAGUAAUUCUCUCUUCUUCUCGUUCUUUUUCCUCUUCUUCUACCUCCUGUUCCUCCUACUCUUACUUCUCCUUUCCCACUCUUUUCCCUUGUUAUUAUUAUUAUUCUAUUAUUAUUUUAACGAAAUAGUGCUUUUAUUUCCUUUUCUUUCAUUUAUUCGUUUCUGUCACGUGAAUAUGACGACAAAGGGAAAUAGAUUUGGUGUAAAGAAAACUGUUAACAUUCCACAACUGUGCUUCAUUUAUUUGUUUUACAUUUAUUUGAGGUUUCAGAGGAGAUUAAGAAAUGUGUUCGAUUUUUUGUUAGAUUUUUUGUCCGAUUACUCACACAGAAAUCUGUAUACCUUAAUUUUGAUUGAUUGUGUUUUUUUAUGGUUGACUAAACCAACUGUAGCUAUGUAGAGAGGGUGGGUCAUUCAGUGAGUCACAGUGGCAGUUGUCUUUCAGACAGAAUUACACUUCUCACCAAGAGCUACUAUUGURCAGGGAGCCCGGCAGGAAACAAUGAUAACAGAAGCUCUGAAAUAAUUKAAGUCUAUUCCCAGUUUAUUUGACAGGACUCAUCAACACAUCAAUUGUUGUGGAUAAAGCCCAAGUCUCUGAGGUCCACUGUAACAAAAGUAUUACAACCAACUCAGGAAAUGUGAAGUAGCUCAAUAGUCCUUUGGAUGACCACAAAGUUAUCUGAAUAACUUUAACCUUUCAUCCUAGAGCUACUGCUUCAACAUCCCGCUUCAAUAUUCUUCUUCAACAUACUGCUUCAACAUACUGCUUCAACAUAUUGCUUCAACAUACUGAUUCAAUAUUCUUCUUCAACAUACUGCUUUCAAACAAUAUGCUUUAACAUACUGCUUCAAUAUUCUUCUUCAACAGAAUGCUUCAACAUAUUGCUUCAACAUACUGCUUCAACAUACUGCUUCAACAUAUUGCUUCAACAUACUGCUUCAACAUACUGCUUCAAUAUUCUUCUUCAACAUACUGCUUCAACAUACUGCUUCAAUAUGCUUCAAUAUUUCUACUUCAUCAUACAGCAUGUGCUUCUGCUCCAUUUGCUGAAACAGCUUAAAAUAAUGAGGGCAAUCUACACAAGAUCAAGUUUAUCAUUAUCGCUAUUGUCCUUCUUGACUGAAGACAUAGCAAAAAGAGAGCAAAGGUUUACCCCUGUUUUCAUUAUAUUCCAUUUGCUUUCGAAUGUGGACUGUUUGUUGUAUACUGAAGCUUUGCCUGCAUGGGACCACUUCUCAUAAACCAUGGAUACAAUAUGUGGAAGCCAUCUUACCACUUCCCUGUCUGGAUCAUAUACACGGAGAGCUGGACCCCCAUCCUUUUUCAAACACCAGAGUCCGCCCCUACACAUUACCCAAACAAAACACUGGAAUCAGCUUCCUGCACAUAUGUGUGUGAGGAAGCCCUCUUCCUGUCCUGUUAUCUUUUAAAGUAAACCAACACAUUGCAGCCCGUUUUCCUGUUUUCCUGCCUGGGAAAAACCUUUGGAGAGGGCAAAAUAGAUAGAGAACAAUGUAAGAGCCAUGAUGGCUUUAACAACAAUCAACAUUUCAUUUCUGUGUUGACCAUCUACCAAAGAUCAGUAUGGUGAAACCUCGGCAUACAAUAGAUGCCACUGGUAAACUGUGCUGUAAUGUUAUGUCUCUAGUACUCCAUUUCUAUAUAACAUACCUGAUCUACUUCGUUCCAUGCUAUUAAUGAUCAUUGUCUGCGCACAACUCUAUUCUAUUUCACAAGCWCUUACUGUUAGUGGUGCUUUUCUGUAAACCUUACGGCAAUAAGUAACUUGGCAAUACGGGAUCCAUGUUAUCGAGAUUGUGAGUACUGGAAAUAUAGUUGUCUACACUGUAUAUAGAAAUGUGCCUGAAUAUUGAUAUUGGCCUCACUUCCUUUUGCGUUUAAAAAAAAUUAUUUUACUUGACACUGGUCUUUGUCUGCUGAGUGUAAGRGUAAAAUAUGUUGUUGUUUUUUACACUUGUAGUGUAAUUUAUAUGUAAUUGUGCAUUGAUUGAUGCUAUAUGUAUGUGUGAGUCUACCUGUGUAAAUACACUUCAGUGGGUGUCAUUCAAAUGCAUUCCUUUUGUAUGCAGCUAGGUCAUUCUGUAGGAGAGCAAUAUGUGCCUUGGUUUAUGAUCAUUCUCUCGAUGGUGAACACAAUCUUUUCUAUGGUUUGUAUCGUGUAAAACAACAACUUUUUAUUUAGUACCAAUUUUGUAUGUGUAAAAUAAACGUAGCACUCAAA